AUGACCACAGAAUUCAGACCCAUUUCAACAAAAAAAUUUGGGUGUGUAUCAGACCCCUUUGAUCAAGCCCAAAUUGUAAGAGCAAUUCUUGAAGAUCUUGAUCCAACAAUAUUCCUUCAAAAUACAACUCCAUUGCAAACCCUUUUAAGAAAGAUCCGUGAAAACAUUAAAGACAAGAAAUUCUUUCUUGUUCUGGAUGAUGUGUGGGCAGAUCAUGGACAAGAUUGGGAACAACUAAAAGCUGCUUUCCAAUCUGACAAGUCGGGAAGUAGGAUUUUAGUAACUUCUCGUAAGGAUUCAGUUGCAAACCACUUGGAAUCCUCCCAUGUCUUUUACUUAGAUCUCUUGUCUGAGGAGAUAUGUUGGUUGAUACAUUAUCAAAAGGCAUUUACUGGAAGGAACCAGAUUGGCCGUCAAAAUUUAGAGGACAUUGAAAGGGCAAUUGCAAAGAAGUGCAAAGGUUUACCACUUACUGUAAAAACUUUAGGAGGUCUCCUGCAAGAUAAAUUACGAAGAGAUGAGUGGGAAAAUGUUUUGAAUAGUGAGAUAUGGAAAUUAGAUUUUGCACAACAAUAUAAUUAUACACCUUUAUUGUUAAGUUAUUAUGAUUUGCCCUCAGCAAUGAGAAGAAGUUUUUUGUAUUGUGCAACCUGUCCCAAGAGUUAUGAAAUUGGUAAAGACGAAUUGGUCCAAAACUGGACGGCGCAAGGAUAUUUGAACUCUGAUGACAAUUUAGGGGCAGAAUUAGAAGGUGAAGAUUACUUCAAGUGCUUAGCAUUUCGUUCUUUUUUCCAAGAUUUUGACAAAGAUGCUAACGGUAACAUACUUUGCUGUAAGAUGCAUGACAUGGUACAUGACUUUGUCCAGUUUUUGACCCAAUACGGAUUUGUCACAGAGAAGAUAGUUGAAGAUUUAACAUUGGACUUAUCUUCCAAAAAAACUCGUCAUUUGAGGUUGGUGAUUGAAAAUAGCAGCUCUUCUCCUCUGUCCAUUUAUGGCACAGAAAAUUUGCGAAGCCUUGUAGCAGUUUCUCAUCCACGUAAUAAAAAAACUAGCAGUGAAGCCUUAAAGAAAUUGUUUAGUAGAUCCAAGCAUCUAAGAUUAUUGGAGUUUAAGUGGUUUAAUCUAUACAAAUGUGAAAUUGCUCGUGACAUAGGAAAUUUGAUUCACUUGAGGUACCUUAGCUUAAUAUCUUGCCAUACAAUAGAUACUUUGCCUGAAGCAGUGUGUGUAUUGCCUAAUCUACAAUCUUUGAAUCUUAGAGACUGCCAUAGUCUUGGGAAGCUGCCAGUUGGAAUCGGGAAAUUGAUUAACUUGAGGUAUCUUUGUACUAAGGGUUGUCCUAGUCUGACUUACUAUCCAAAAGGGAUUAGAAAUUUAACUUCUCUCGUGAGAUUAAGUUAUAUCAAACUGAGAGCAGAUUGUAAUGAUGCUCGUCGAUUCAGUAUUGGAGAUCUAGAAAACUUGGACCACCUUGGUGGAAAUAUUUGUGUUGAGUUGAUAGGGGAUGCAAUAGAUUGGAAUGAGGCUAAGAGAGCCAAACUUCACAAGAAGAUACAUCUCAAGCAAAUGGAGAUUUAG